UAUUUCUCCGACCCCGACUCCGACGACGCUACUACGCCUUCUUCGUCCGCUCCGUUCUGAUCGCCGUCAAAAGGUUCUGUCCGCUAAAAGAUCCGCCGGCGCCUCUGUCUGAGGCGAUCGGCGUUUCUAAGACGGAGUUUUGUCCACAAAACCUACAAUGCCUUGGUGGAAGAGCAACGAUUCUCGUUCUUCUUCGUCCUCCAAACGACAUUCCGCAGAUGAAAGUUUCUUCACCAGGAUAUUCUCAGUGCAAGGCCGGGGCUACCGUUCGCACCUCCAGCGUAUGAAGAAGCUCAGACACGUAAACGACGUCGAAAUCGGAGGACCUGGUCGGUUAUGGAGGUCGCCGAGCAUUGAUCAUGAUCACCAUUACUCGUCCUCGCGGUCUUAUUCCGUAGAGCCUCAGCCUCUGCCUCUUCCUGAGUUGGCCAUGCUGCUCUUGCGUGACGACCUCGCGUGCGCAAAUCUCUCAAACGCCAACCCUCCUGCAGGUAGUGUUCCUCUUCCAUCGCCGCCGAUCAGGGGAUUUGAGGAGAAAGAAAGGUCCGGAUUGGUCGGAGAUCUUAGUAAUGAUAUUGGGAGUAAACCGUCCACCAGCCAUGUUACAUCGAGGAACUCAGAACACACAGAGACACAACGAGUGUUGAAUGAUAUUGAAAGGCAUCUGGAUGGGGGCAUUGCUAUUAGUGCUCCAGCAAGCCUUUAUUCUAGUCCUGCACGUAGUCCUACAAGACAAUUUCCAUUUACUUUCACAUCCAAUCAUAAUCAUCCUAGGGUUCAAGUUUGGUCUUCACCAGAAAUGCCAGCUUCAGAGAUGAAUCAAGGGUUCUUUUUCCAGAUGCUUUCUGAGAAAGCUGCUUGCGAUUUCCCACAAACUCCAAAAAUAAGUCCACCCAGACAUGCAAGGAAUCUGAGCGGCGAGACUUUUCUGUUGCGUGAAAAUAAUGUUCAUCCCUUGCCUCUUCCUCCAGAGCCCACAUUUCCUGUUCCUAAUUCCCAAGUUAGUCCCAGACCAGAAAUGAUCCCAAUAAGUUCUCAAUGGAACAAAGGAAAACUUUUGGGAAGAGGCACAUUUGGAAGCGUGUACUGUGCCUCCAACAGGGGAACUGGUGCUCUUUGUGCAAUGAAAGAAGUUGACCUAUUUCCUGAUGAUCCAAAGUCUGCAGAGAGCAUAAAACAGUUAGAACAGGAAAUUGAGGUUCUUAGCAUGCUAAAGCACCAUAACAUUGUUCAGUAUUAUGGUAGUGAAGUUGUAGGAGAAAAGUUUUACAUAUAUCUGGAAUAUGUGCAUCCUGGAUCAAUUAAUAAGUAUGUCCGUGAACAUUGUGGAUCCAUUACAGAAUCUAUUAUACGGAAUUUCACACGCCAUAUUCUAUCUGGGUUGGCUUACUUGCACAGCAAGAAGACGAUACACAGGGACAUCAAAGGAGCUAAUUUGCUGGUCGAUGCCCAUGGAGUUGUCAAGCUUGCGGAUUUUGGAAUGGCUAAACAUCUUGCUGGGCCAUUAGCUGAACUUUCUCUAAAGGGAAGUCCUUACUGGAUGGCUCCUGAGCUCAUACAAUCUGUAGCACAGAAAGAUGCUAGUUCUGAUCUUGCUUUUGCUAUUGAUAUAUGGAGUUUGGGCUGUACAAUAAUUGAGAUGAUGAAUGGAAAACCUCCAUGGAGUGAAUUUGAAGGGGCUGCAGCAAUGUUCAGGGCUUUGAAAGAGAAUCCACCCAUACCCGAAACAUUAUCUUUGGAAGGUAAAGAUUUCCUCCAAUGUUGCUUUCUUAGAAAUCCAGCAGAGAGGCCUACGGCUACUGCAUUACUAGACCAUCCAUUUGUUAAGAACUCACAGCAGCUGGACAUACAAAAUUGCGCUCAGGCACUCAGUGAGACUCACUUUACGGAUAAUGCCCUUGGAUCAGGACAACUAUUUGAGCAAAGAUCGGUUCGUCUGAUUCUACCUCCUGAUAUUAGUAGAGGAAGGCCAGCUAACAAGUAGUUGGUUGAUUCAUGAAUCAUUUCUCCAUUGAGAUUGGAUAAAAAUCUCGUACAUAACCAUGCCUCCUGAAUGAACGGUCUGGUCACUGGUCAAGCGAUUCGAUGUCCCCUGCAAUGUGCACACACGCAAUCCAUGGGGGGUAUUAAUCACCAAAGAAACCGUCUGGACAGACCAGUUUGAUGCAAUAACUUUGUUGGAGCACUUAACAUUCUUGUGUUGCAUGCAUGGUUGGUUAUGCUUCAAGGGGGGGCUUGUUCCAUGAAGCUAUGCUUAGUCUAGAUGUUCUAGGUCUACAUGUUUAUGGUUUUAGGUGCUGGUUUGUUAGAGCUUCUUCCAUUAUUUUGCUCUUGUAGGUCUGCAUAUCUUGUAUAAAUCAGCAAUGAAGCUUUAACCUAAUUUUGGUACUUCACUAGUUCAAACUCAUUUUCACAAAUGAUGGAUAUGCUUAUUUAAGAAAUAUAAUGAUUCUUUUAUAGAUUUAUAGAACU